CACCGCGCAGCAGCAUGGAACAAUUUUCCGCAUGUUUGGUUAGCUUUCAUACUCAACUCCCCCACUCGACGCUUCGAGGGGAAGCAGCAGCACACAAAUUCAAGAAAUUCCCAAACAAUGAUAAUCUUCUUCUCCUCAAUCUUCCACACCAAACUAAUCCGACCCUUCUCUUCUUCUUCAUCUCCUUGCCGAACCAACCUCCCGGAACCCCCACCUCUUCAGACUCUGCUCAAAAGCGGCUUCUCUCCCACUCUCAAAUCCAUCGUCCAAUUCCUUCUCUUCCUCUCUCGAACCCGCCGGUUCGACACCCUCGUCCACUUCUUCUCCCAAAUGGAGUCCAACCAAAUCAAAGGCAGCGCCCAAACGCACGUAAUUCUCACCUGGGCUCUCCUAAAUUUGCAGAAAUAUGAAGAAGCAGAGCAUUUUAUGAGGACCCGGAUGGUCGAAGCUUCGAGUUUGCGGCGGAAUCGGAUGUGGGACUCUCUGAUUCAAGGCCUAUGUGUCAACCGGAAAGACCCCGAGAAGGCUUUGUUGGUGUUGCGGGAUUGCUUGGGGAGCUACGGUAUUUUUCCUUCUUCUUUCACUUUUUGCUCGUUAAUUCGUUCGUUUAGCAAUCAGGGGGAUAUGAGCAAGGCAAUUGAGGUGCUGGAAUUGAUGACUGAUGAGAAAGUUAAGUACCCUUUUGAUAAUUUUGUUUCUAGUUCAGUAAUUUCCGGGUUUUGUAAGAUUGGGAAGCCGGAAAUCGCAGUCAAGUUUUUCAAGAAUGCUGUGGCUUCGGGAGCUUUAGAGCCUAAUGUUGUGACUUAUACAGCACUUGCAGGUGCUCUUUGUAAAUUGGGUAGAGUUAAUGAGGUUUGUGAUUUGGUUUGUAGGGUUGAGAAGAGAGGUUGGGCAUUUGAUGUUGUUUUCUUCAGUAUUUGGAUUUGUGGUUAUAUUUCGGAAGGGGUUCUAAUGGAGGUAUUUCGGAAGAAUAGAAAGAUGGUGAACAAAGGCAUAAGACCUGAUACAAUUAGCCAUAGUAUUAUGAUAGAUGGGUUUUCCAAGCUAGGAGAUGUGGAAAAAGCGCUCGGUAUUGUAAUAAAGAUGAGGAAAGAUGGGCUUGAACCCAAUUUGAUCACGUAUACUGCCAUCCUGUUGGGGUUUUGCAAGAAAGGGAAAAUGGAGGAGGCAUUUGCUAUUUUCAAGAUGGUUGAAGAUUUGGGAAUUGUAGUUGAUGAAUUCAUGUAUGCAACUUUAAUUCACGGGUCCUGCAUGAGAGGAGAUCUCGAUGAUGUUUUUGAUUUGCUACAUAAAAUGGAGGAGAGGGGGAUUAAUCCAAGCAUUGUCACAUACAAUACUGUAAUUAAUGGAUUAUGCAAAUUUGGGAGGACAUGCGAGGCUGAUGAGAUCUCAAAGGGUAUACUUGGAGAUACAAUUACAUAUAGUACGCUGCUACAUGGAUAUAUUGAGGAAGAAAAUACCACGGGGAUUCUUGAAACGAAGAGAAGAUUGGAGGAAGCCGGAGUCUACAUGGAUGUUGUUAUGUGUAACAUACUUAUCAAAGCACUGUUCAUGGUGGGGGCAUUUGACGAUGCUUAUAUACUAUACAAGGGAAUGCCAGAUAAGGGUUUGGUUGCAGAUUCCAGUACAUAUUGUACAAUGAUUGACGGGUACUGUAAAGCUGGUAGAAUGGAUGGGGCACUUGAGAUAUUUGAUGAGUUCAGAAGGACACUAGGUUCCUCCGUUGCAUGUUAUAAUUGUAUUAUCAGUUCGCUCUGUAAGCAGGGAAUGGUAGAUAUGGCCGCAGAGGUAUUUAUUGAACUCAGUGGGAAAGGUUUAGGUUUGGAUGUAGGUAUCUAUAAUAUUCUGUUGAAGGCAAUUUUUGAAGACAAAAGUGCAGUUGGAGUUAUAAAUUUGGUUCGACGGAUUGAUAGUUUGAAGACAGAAGUGUAUGAUAUUGUUUGCAAUGAUGCUAUCAGCUUCUUGUGCAGGAGAGGUUUUCCUGAGUCUGCAUGUGAAGUGUAUUUGGUGAUGAGGAGGAAAGGGUCAGUUGCCACAAGCAAAACUUACUGUUCAAUUUUAGAAGGUCUUAUCAGUGAUGGGAAAGAGUGGCUAACUCAAUCCUUCUUGACCAUCUUUGUGAAAGAAUAUGGCCUAGAAGAACCCACGGUAAGCAAGAUUCUAGCUUACUACAUAAGUCUGAAGAAUGUUGAUGAUGCUUUCUGGUUUCUACACAAAAUGAAGGAUAAGCCUGCAGCCGUCACUUUGCCUGUUAGUCUUUAUAAGACACUUAUAAAGACUGGUAGAGUUUUGGAUGCAUAUAAACUUGUCAUGGUGGCCGGAGAUGGUCUACCUAUCCUGGAUGCAUUUGAUUAUUCACUUAUGGUUGAUAGUCUUUGUAAACGAGGACAUAUCAGUGAGGCAUUAGAUUUGUGUAGUAUUGCUAAAAAUAAAGGAGUGGCCCUUGAUAUCAUCACUUAUAAUUCAGUUAUAAAUGCAUUAUGCCGCCAAGGCCACCUUGUUGAAGCAUUUCGGCUAUUUGAUUCAUUAGAGAGAAUUAAUUUGGUACCCACGGAAAUCACAUAUGCUACAUUGAUUGAUGCCUUACGUAGACAGGGUUUUCUUUUGGAUGCCAAGGAGUUAUUUGAGAGGAUGGUUCUCAAGGGCUUUAAGCCAAAUACACAUGUUUACAACUUGAUUAUUGAUGGUUAUUGCAAAAUUGGAGAUAUGGAUGAUGCCUUGAAGCUUCUUUAUGAAUUGGAUUUAAAAUCCCUCAGGCCUGAUGAAUUCACUGUUAGUAUUAUAAUCAAUGGCUUUUGUCUAAAGGGUGAUAUGGAAGGAGCUCUUGAAUUCUUUGUUGAGCUCAAGGAAAAAGGUACAUUACCUGAUUUUUUGGGUUUCUUAUAUUUACUAAGAGGUCUAUGCGCUAAGGGAAGGAUGGAAGAAGCCAGAACCAUCUUGAGAGAAAUGCUCAACUCCCAGUCUGUUUUGGAGCUAAUAAAUAGAGUUGAUGUUGAGGUUGAAACAGAUUCAUUAGAAGGUUUUCUUGCAUCUUUAUGUGAGCAAGGCCGUAUCGAAGAAUCACUUACUGUCCUUAAUGAAAUUGGGUGCAUGUUUUUCCCUGUUAGAGGUUCACCUAAUAAUCACCAACAAUUUCUUAAAUUAGACAAGCCUUAUGACAGGGAGCCUUCUGGUAUAGUUGUUUCAAAUUCUGUAACCUCCACCGGUGCAGAUUUGGAUAUUCAGCUUUGUGAAAUGAAGAAAGUAGAGAAGGUGGCGGAAAAUUAUGACGGUGGAGGGAGAUGGUCUCAGUUUAAAGAUUUUGACGAUUGCUAUAAGCAAGUUGCCACACUCUGUUCAUGUGGGGAGAUACAAAAGGCUAGUCAAUUAGCAAAGGAGAUGGUUUCUAAUUUUAGAAGGGCCAGUUAGUAUAAUAGAAAAAUCCGGCUAAAGUGAUGUUGGAACCUUCUUCCCCUUCAUUGAGGGAACAGGUGCCAUGCAUGCAGUUGCAGGUAUAUUUUUUCAUUCUUUGAAGGUUUGCCUACUCUUUCAAGUUAAAUAAUUGUUGAUUACAUGUGUUAUGUAUGUGGGCUCUGUUUAUUUAUUUCAUUGUGUUAUGCUAUUUAAUUUUUUAGUUUUGGAAAGGCAUAUAUGUAUUGUUUCUGAGCAAUCUUUCUUUGAAUAUGUCCAAUUGAUAAUACGAAUGAUCUUAUACAUUCACUUUUUCACGAUGGUAUCCAAAGACUUUUGGACUUCCGUUGGUUUUUUUAUCAGUCUCGCAGAUAAGCAAACAUAUUGAUUAAAAGUUAUAAAUUCAGACUAUGCUUUAAUAUAUUGGUUUUGAUACUGUUUUGAUUUGCUGUUAAUAUUUCUUCUUUUUGGGCUUAUGUAAUCUCUGUGUGUGUGUGUGCGCGCAUAUAUGUGAAUGCGUAUUUAUAUGUACACACAUUCUUACAUAUAUGGAUGUAUAUAUACAUAACAUAGAUAGUAUAUAAAGAAUACUUCAUUGGAUGAUUAUGCCCUAAAGUACAACUUUUAGCUUGUAACAGAAUACUGUCAAGCUAAACGGUUUCAGUUGGUGGAACUUGAAGCAUGAAAAUUGAAAGCGAUAGUAAUACAUAAUGGAUGGUUUUGCGCCAGUUAAACUUUGUGUGGCAUCAUUAAGAUGAAAAGAAACCUGCUGCACAAUAUGGCAUUCAACCCGAUGCUGCCCUUGCUGUUGAAUGAUACAUUGGAAAAACUUGACGGAUGUUUUUUUUUUCAGCCAAGGGACUUGGUGCAACCGGGUGACACUAGUUGGAUUUAAUCUCAACAAAUGAUGUCUGUUGAAAACAACCUGAGGUGUUUGCAGAAUCAUGCCAAUUGUCGCUCAAGUUCCCGGGAUGCGGAUGUUGAUCAGUAGAUCUGCCAAUUCGUUGCUGUAAAUGCAGAAGUGAGG